CCUUACAUAGCGGAGGUGAAAGUUCAGCAGUGCGCCUUGUAAAAUGGCGGCUGAAUUGACCAGAGAGUGGAGCGAUGAACAGCUAAAAAGUGAUGAUCUACCCAAAAAAGACAUUAUUAAGUUCAUUCAGGACAAUGCUGCCCAUUCGUUUCUUGCAGAACACAAGCUGAUGGGAAAUAUUAAGAAUGUUGCAAAAACGGCAAAGAAGGAGCAACUGAUUAUUGCAUACAACGAUUUGUUUGAGAGCAAGAGAUUUUUAGGUUCAGAACCCAUUGAAGAUGUGACGGAGCAUGUGAAAAAUGUGAAGAUCGAUGACAAGCCCAAAGAAGUUGUGGAAGUCCUUGAUGAGGGUCCUCCUAAGUUCUUCAAGUCUGUGCUGAAGAAAGGUGACAAGACUAACUUCCCUAAGAAGGGAGACAAUGUGAGCUGUUGGUACACUGGCUCCCUGGAGGAUGGCACAGUGUUCGACACCAACAUCCCUGCAACUGCCAGAAAGAAGAAACAGAGCAAGCCACUGAGCUUCAAAGUUGGCCUGGGCCGGGUCAUCAAAGGGUGGGAUGAAGGUAUCUUAACGAUGAGCAAAGGCGAGACAGCCAAACUGGAGAUUGAACCAGAAUGGGCCUAUGGGAAGAAGGGACUUCCUGAUUCAAAAAUCCCACCAAACGCAAAGCUGAUCUUCGAGGUCGAGCUGGUGGCCGUCGAUUAAUGGCAGAAACCUACCCAACAUGCCCUUCUCUCCGUGGACGGGGAAAACACGGUAGUCACAAGAUGGCUAUGCUCGAAAGGACAGAAGUGGUUGUAACAUUGUCAGAACAUUGAAGGAGUCUGUGAUAUAUUGUCUUAAUUUACAUUUAAUGGGAUGCUUUGGGAUUUUGGCAAUGAGGCCCUUUAUCUACUUCCCCAGAGUCAGAUUAACUUUUGGAUACCAUUAUUUGUUUUUGUCUGUGUCCAGUAUGARGGAAGUUAAAGAUAGUUUCUCGAGCCACUGCUAACUAGUGUUGGCACAAUGACUGGAAUUCUAUGGGCAUCUACUAGAAUGCGUUUAACACUAGUUAGCAUUGGCUCGUGAAACGACACAACUUCUUUCAUUUAUUUUAUUUAUUUUUAUUUCACCUUUAUUUAA